GUCCGCGCAGAGACGAUGUGAGGAAAUGAAAGACGCGGGGCCGUUUCUCCUGAUGUGACGCGGGUUUGAGGCUUUGUCCAGACUCUGAGGAUGUUUGGAUAAAAAAAAACACGGCGGACAAAGUUGGAGUCGCAGAGUUUGAAGAGUUUUGGGCUAAAAACGCCGCGGUUUGGCGCAGACCGGAGCGGGUCUGUGGAGAUGGGGGCCGCUCCGGGCUCGGGCUGGGACGAGGGGGAGUUUGAGUUUAAACUGGUGUUUGAAGAGGAGCAGCAGAACCAGAACCAGCGGCCCAGUCCCGUGUGUGCAGCCGAGGAGGAGCGCUCCAGGCCCGGGGAGGAGAGUGAGAGCGGCCCGGGGCCCCUGGAGACCACCAGCCACGACGGGCGCCUUCGCUGCAUCUCCAUCCCAAGUCCCCCAGCCUCAGCCAAUCAGAGAGCAGCAUUGUCUCCGUCAUCCAAUCCAAGGGCAGGGAUGCACUCUCCGCCCCCUCGCCGGGCCGUGGUCCGAGAGUUCAGUGGGACGUACGAGAGUCUGCCGGCGCGAUCUGUGCAGGUGUCCGAGUCUCGUGUGGUGGAGUGUCCCAGUAUCCAGAUCACCACCAUCUCUCCAGAGGACGAGUCCCCGAGCCUGUCCUCAUGCUGGGACAUCAACUCAGGCGGCGGAGGAGGGUGGGACAGGGAGCGUCUGUACCUGCCUCUCCUGGACCCCUUCUCCUACAGAGAGCGCAGUCCCGGCUCCGUCAGUCCCAGUCCCGUCUCCAGCCCCUCGUCUCGGGGUUGGCUCAGUCCCGCCUCCAGCUGUGACUCUCUGUCUGUGGAGGACGAGGAGCUGAACGAGGCCACGGUCAACUUUGGUCUGUCCCCUCAGUCCAGACCCACGUCUCCAGGAGGAAAGAGGAGAAGGAACAGCCCCCUGGCGUCGCCCUGCACGUCCAGAAGGGGGAGCUACUCUGAGGAUACGCAGGGGGAGGGGUGUAAUCUUGAGGCUGACUCUCAAACCCAGGGUCUGAUCCUGUGUGAACUCAGUGUCCCUCAGAAAACCAGGAAGACGUCACUGGAGCAGUUGUCCCCGCGGGAGGUGGAGCAGGAGCAGGCUCCAGGACACACCUCCCCCUGCCCUCUGCCCGAGCCUCUGCCCAGGAGAGAGGCCCCUCCGCUGGGCAUGGACUACCUCCCUGUGCCCCCCGCUCUGGUCUGGGGCAGGACCAGGGCCAACGCUCACAGCCCCCUGUUCAGGUCCACGGCUCUGCCUCCUCUGGACUGGCCUCUCCCGUCUCAGUUUGAUCAGUUUGAGCUGAAGAUCGAGGUCCAGCCUCGUCCUCAUCACCGAGCGCACUACGAGACGGAGGGCAGCCGAGGCGCCGUGAAGGCCACGCCCUCUGGACACCCGGUCGUAAAGUUGUGUGGAUACUCGGAGCGGAAGCCUCUUUCUCUUCAGGUGUUUGUGGGAACAGCAGACGACAGAUCCAUCAGGCCACACCCUUUUUAUCAAAUCCACAGAGUGACGGGGAAGAUGGUGGGCACGGCGUCUCAUGAGAGCGUCCAGGCUGGGACCAAACUGCUGGACAUCCCCCUCACUCCAGAAAACAACAUGACUGCACUCAUCGACUGCGCCGGGAUCCUGAAGUUAAGGAACUCGGACAUCGAGCUGAGGAAAGGAGAGACGGACGUGGGGAGGAAGAACACGAGAGUGCGUCUGGUGUUUCGGACUCACCUCCCUCUAGCGCCCCCUGUGGGACCCCCAGGGCGAGUGCUGGCUCUGCAGGUCGCCUCACUGCCCAUAGAGUGCUCUCAGCGCUCGGCUCAGGAGCUCCCGGCCGUCGAGUCCCUGAGUCUCAGCUCGAGUUCGGCUGAAGGAGGAGACGAGUUACUGCUGAGCGGAAACAACUUCCUCCCCAUCUCCAGAGUCGUGUUCAUGGAGAGAGGAACAGAUGGAAAAGUUCAGUGGGAAGAAGAGGCACAUGUGGACAGAGACAACAGCACCGAGUGCCUGUUGUGUGUACGAGUCCCCGCCUACAGCGACCUCUCCAUGAACCGUCCAGUCUCCGUCAGUUUGUACGUCUCCAACGGGAAGAGGAAGAGGAGCGGCACGCACUCGUUUAAAUAUCUGCCCAUCAUGUUCAAAGAGUCCGAGCCGCUCUUACCUCGUCCUUCCACUCUUCCUCUGGACUCUCUCCAUCCUCCUCCCAUCGACCACCACCAGGGGGCGCUCCAGCUGCGCCCCGACCCCUCAAACGAAGACCGCUCCCUGGGCUUCCACUUACCCCUGUACCCCUACUCCCCUCCUUGCCCCUCCAUCCUCUACCCGGACGACUCCUCCUCCUUCUCCUCCUCCUCUAAACCUGAGGCCGUCCCCGUGGAGGACACCAGGGGGCUUCUCUCUGAACGUCAGCCCAGCUUUGAGAACCUGGAGCUGGGCUUCACCGAGCUCCUUCCUCCCUUCUACCCCCGCGGUCCCCAACCCCCCUCCCCUUCGCCGUGGCUGGACUCUCCGUAUUUAUCCUCCUCCCCCUCUCCGUCGCACUCCUCCUCUCUCAGCCCGUUCCCGGCGGGGAGCCCCAUCUCCACCUCUCCCCUGCCCCCCAUGCCCUCCUCCCCGUACCCACAAUUCCACUCGGUUUACCCGCAGGAAGUGUGCCCGUCGCCCCCUCCGCUGCUGUCCACGUCGUCCGGUCAGUACCAGGACAUGUGCCCGGUGCAGUACUCGCAGUUCGACGGGUGGGAGGUGCAGGGGAGGCACGGAGGAGACAAAGAGGGAAAGGCUCUAGAGUGCCCCCUAGAGUUCAGCAGCAGCAUGCAGCACAUCACGUUUGAAGAAGUGACGGAGCUGAUCGGAGACGAUUUACACUCGUAUCAUUCGACAAACCUGGACAACCAAAACUGAACUGACAAACAUCGUAAACGACGAGGCGGAUUUAAACGGCAUUGGGCUAAAAAUCUUUGGACUGUAAAAAAAACACCUGGAACAGUGUUUUUAAAAAUAUUUUGAACACAUUUGGAAGAUAAAUUAUAU